AUGCAGGAGUCGGAGCCUACAGUGUGUCAGCUGCAGCCAAACAUCAUCUCAGUGCGCCUGUUCAAGAGAAAGGUGGGUGGCCUGGGCUUCCUGGUGAAGCAGAGGGUGUCCAAGCCACCCGUCAUUGUAUCGGACCUGAUCCGUGGUGGUGCAGCUGAAGAAUGCGGCCUGGUUCAGGUGGGCGACAUCGUGUUGGCUGUCAACAACAAGCCCCUGGUGGACCUCUCCUAUGAGCGGGCACUGGAGACCCUGAAGAACGUGUCGCCUGAGAGCCAUGCCGUGCUCAUCCUCCGAGGGCCCGAGGGUUUCACCACCCACCUGGAGACCACGCUUUCCGGAGAUGGCCGCCAGCGCACUGUGCGGGUCACCCGGCCUGCCCUUCCACCCUCAAAGUCCUACGAUCGCUGCUACCCGCUCAGCCCCGCGCAACAGCAGCUGCUUCAGGGCACCAAGGAGCCCCAGCUCAGGGCUAUCGAGAACCUUUCCUCUCCCUCCGUCACCCCCCUCCCGGCUCCAGAGGGGAGGGGGCAGGCACUGAUUGCGGCCCAGGACCCCCUGCUGAUGAGGGAGAGCGGUCGUGGGACGCUCCUCCUCAAUGGGGUUGAGGAGAACAAUGACUUGCUGAAGGAGAUCGAGCCAGUGCUGCGCCUCAUCAAAAACAGCAAAAAGGAGAUCAGCGGAGAAGGCCAGAAGACCGUGGACAGGAGGGACGCUGAGGUACAAGUGGACAGUCUCCCAGUCCAGGGCAGGACCACCCCUAACAAGUCGCUCCUGGGCAGCCCCUCCAAAUGCCCCCGUUUCAUGAAGGUGAAGAAUUGGGAGACUGGCACCAUCUACAAUGAUACACUCCUUCAAAACUGCAGCAAGAUGGCGAUCUGCAAUGAAAGUGUGUGUUCGGGCUCGAUUAUGAUGCCCAGCUUGCCCAGCCGUAAAUUGGACGAGGUUAGAACCAAUGAAGAGCUGCUCCUGCUGGCAACCGACUUCAUAGACCAAUACUACACCUCCAUUAAAAGGAAUGGCUCCAAGGCCCAUGUGGACAGGCUGGAGGAGGUGACCAAGGAGAUUGAGACGUCAGGAACGUACCAGCUAAAAGACACAGAACUGAUUUAUGGUGCCAAGCAUGCCUGGAGAAAUGCCGCCCGCUGCGUUGGGAGGAUCCAGUGGUCGAAAUUACAGGUUUUUGAUGCCAGGGACUGCACAACAGCCCACGGAAUGUACAACUACAUCUGCAACCACAUCAAAUAUGCCACAAACAAAGGAAACCUGAGAUCUGCCAUUACCAUAUUUCCUCAGAGGACAGAUGGUAAACAUGACUUCCGGGUAUGGAACACUCAGCUAAUUCGCUAUGCCGGCUACAAACAGCCUGAUGGACAGAUUUUGGGUGACCCCGCUAACGUUGAAUUCACUGAGAUCUGCAUACAACAAGGAUGGAAGGCUCCAAAGGGACGUUUUGAUGUCCUGCCUCUCUUGCUUCAAGCCAGCGGGAAUGACCCUGAGCUGUUUGAAAUUCCCGAAGACCUCAUCUUGGAGGUGCAGAUCACACAUCCCAAGUACGAGUGGUUCAAGGACCUCAACCUGAAGUGGUACAGCCUCCCAGCGGUCUCUAACAUGCUGCUGGAAAUUGGUGGACUGGAGUUCACCGGCUGUCCCUUCAGCGGCUGGUACAUGGGCACAGAGAUUGGAGUGAGGGAUUUCUGUGACAGCUCACGCUACAACAUCUUGGAGGAAGCAGCCAACAUGAUGGGCUUGGAUACCAGGAAGACCUCCUCCCUGUGGAAGGACAAAGCACUCGUGGAGAUCAACAUUGCAGUACUCCAUAGCUUUCAGUCAUCCAAAGUGACCAUCGUGGACCACCACUCGGCCACUGAGUCCUUCAUGAAACACAUGGAAAAUGAGUUCCGGGUUCGGGGGGGUUGUCCUGGGGACUGGGUAUGGAUUGUGCCCCCAAUGUCGGGAAGCAUUACACCAGUGUUUCACCAAGAGAUGCUAAAUUAUCGCCUCACCCCGUCCUUUGAGUACCAGUCGGAUCCUUGGAAUAGCCACGUAUGGAAAGGAGUUAAUGGAACACCGACCAAGAAAAGAGCCAUUGGAUUCAAGAAACUUGCCAAGGCUGUGAAAUUCUCCGCGAAGUUAAUGGGCCAAGCCAUGGCCAAGAGGGUGAAAGCCACCAUCCUGUUCGCCACAGAGACGGGCAAAUCACAAGACUAUGCCAAAACGCUCUGUGAAAUCUUCAAGCACGCCUUUGACGCAAAGGUGAUGUCCAUGGACGAAUACGACGUCGUCCACCUAGAGCAUGAGACACUGGUGUUGGUGGUGACCAGCACAUUUGGCAAUGGAGACCCACCUGAAAAUGGGGAGAAAUUUGGAGCCGCCUUGAUGGAGAUGCGUCACCCAACGUCAAACACAGAGGACAGGAAGAGCUACAAGGUCCGGUUCAACAGCGUUUCCUCCUACUCUGACACCCGCAAGUCCUCCAGCGAUGAGCCAGAGACUAGGGUCAACUUUGAGAGCACAGGACCACUCGCCAACGUUAGGUUCUCAGUGUUUGGCCUUGGCUCCAGGGCCUACCCACACUUCUGCGCCUUUGCCCACGCCGUGGACACGCUCUUCGAGGAGCUCGGGGGGGAGCGCAUCCUACGCAUGGGUGAGGGAGAUGAGCUGUGUGGCCAGGAGGAGUCCUUCAGAACCUGGGCCAAGAAGGUUUUUAAGGCUGCGUGUGACGUGUUCUGUGUUGGCGAUGACGUGAACAUUGAGAAGGCCAACGACUCGCUGAUCAGCAAUGACCGCAGCUGGAAGAAGAGCAAGUUCCGCCUGACUUACACGGCAGAGGCGCCGGCCCUCACAGACGGUACGGGUCGCAUUCAUAAGAAGAAAGUGUAUGGAGCGCAGAUGCUGGAAUCUCAAAACCUGCAAAGUCCCAAAUCCAAUCGCUCCACCAUAUUUGUGAGGCUGCACACAAAUAAUCAUGACAGCCUGAGAUACCAUCCCGGGGACCACCUGGGCAUCUUCACUGGCAACCACGAGGACCUGGUGACAGCUCUCAUAGACAAACUUGAAGAUGCACCGCCUGUUAAUCAGAUCAUCAGGGUGGAGUUCUUGGAGGAGAGGAACACUGCUUUAGGCGUUAUCAGUAACUGGACAGAUGAGACUCGUAUCCCCCCCUGCACCAUCUUCCAGGCCUUCCAGUACUUUCUUGACAUCACCACUCCACCCAGCCCUGUGCUGCUGCAGCAAUUUGCUGCCCUGGCAACUAAUGAGAAACAGAAGAAAAAACUGGAGAUCCUCAGUAAAGGCUUGCAGGAGUACGAGGAGUGGAAAUGGUACAACAACCCCACGCUGGUGGAGGUGCUGGAGGAGUUCCCAUCUAUCCAGAUGCCCUCCACCCUGCUGCUCACCCAGUUGCCCCUUCUACAGCCUCGCUACUACUCCAUCAGCUCCUCCCCAGAUCUUCACCCAGGGGAGAUCCACCUCACUGUGGCUGUGGUCUCCUACCGCACCAGAGAUGGAGAGGGCCCUAUCCACCACGGAGUGUGUUCCUCGUGGCUCAACAGGAUAGAGAAGGGCGAGAUGGUGCCCUGUUUUGUCAGAGGCGCACCGUUGUUUCAACUUCCAAAGGACCGCAAAGCCCCUUGUAUCCUGGUGGGUCCAGGGACGGGUAUCGCCCCCUUCAGAAGCUUCUGGCAACAGAAGCUGUAUGACUUUGAACACAAGGGGAUUGUGCCGUGCCCGAUGAUCCUGGUGUUUGGCUGCCGGCAGUCUCAGAUUGACCACAUCUAUAAGGAGGAGACCAUCCAGGCCAAGAACAAGCAGGUGUUCAAGGAGCUCUACACGACAUACUCCAGAGAGCCUGGCAAACCAAAGAAAUAUGUGCAGGAUGUGCUGCGUGAGCAGCUGUCGGAGACAGUGUACCAGUGCCUGAAGGAGGAGGGAGGACACAUGUACGUGUGCGGGGAUGUUACUAUGGCAGGCGACGUCCUCAAGACUGUCCAGCAGAUCAUCAAACUGCAGGGCAACAUGAGCCUGGAGGACGCCGGCUUCUUCAUCAGCAAGCUUCGAGAUGAGAAUCGCUAUCACGAGGACAUCUUCGGUGUGACCCUGCGUACCUACGAGGUCACAAACCGGCUUCGUUCGGAAUCCAUUGCAUACAUUGAGGAGAACAAAAAAGACCCAGAUGAGGUAUUCUGCUCGUAGGUCGUGACCAAUGCUUUC